AAUUCGACCUGUUCAAUUUGAUGAACGGGCCGGAAACUAGCCUGACAAAGAUCGUAACCGGCCUAACGAAAAUGGGCCUCCCAAUUUAUACGCUAAAUGAUGGUUAGGGCUUCUCUUUCACUCGAUUUUGCUCCCCGCGAGGAUCUCUCCCCUCUUCGCGACGGAGACGAGAGAGGAGUCUGAAGACUGUCGAUCAUAGUGAUCCGCAAGCUUCACAGGUUAAGAUGGAUGACCCUCCAGAAGUUGCACAUAAUCAAGGUGGUAAGGGGAUCCAAGAAGUAACUGGUGGUAAAGUUUCCCCGGUGGCAUGGGCUCAACCUAUGUCUCCAAGUGAUGUUGCAGGCCAAUCAUCCAGGUCUCUAAAAUAUCAGCCUGUGUUUUUUCAACCUGUGUUUUUGCAACAAGCAAUUCCAGGAGCCGCCUUACCGCCAAUGCUAGCACAAACUUCUCAAGCAAUUCCUGGAGCCACCAUACCACCAAUACUAGCACAAACUUCUCAGAGUAGUGGCACCCAACUCCCUUCUCAUGGUGAUGGCAAUGGGAGCUCCCAAAAAUAUAUUCGUGGACGCGAAGUAGAAGAGAUUAGUUCUUCUUCAAAGAGGACCAAAAAGGAAGGCAGUAAUAAAAGCAAAAGAUCUGGAGAGAGUAGAAAUGCACCCAACAAGAUGUGGCAGGAUAAGCAUGACGAUGUCCUUAUUCCUUUUCUUGCGGAUCUAGCCAAGAAGGGUUACAAAUGUGACAAGUCUUUUAAGAAAGAGGCAUUCUCUCAAGCAACAGAUGCUUUGAAUAGUCAUUUUGGUGAGAACUUCACGACUGAAAAUGUCUACAAUCACAUGAAGUCUCUUAAAAGACGAUACGUGUACAUGUGUGAGUGUUUGAAGAUCAGUGGAGCAAGUUGGGACGAAGAGUCCAAGAUGAUUAAAUUAGAUCAAUUUCCUUGUGAAAACUGGGAUAAGGUCAAUCCAAAUCUUAAGGAUUAUGUUAACAAACCGUUGAAGCAUUUUGAUGAUCUCAGUGUUAUAAUUGGAGAUGCUUUUGCCACCGGGGAAUUUAGGAAGGGAGUGUACAACAAAUUUGGCGGCAUUCCAGCUCAAACCAUCAACAUUGAUAGUGAUGAGCACAAGGAGGAUGCCCCAAAUAAUCAAGAAACCAGCCCAAGUGAACCCAUCAGGGAGACACCUAAGUUUAAGAAGAGCCAAAUGACUCAUGGGACUAGUCUCGAUACAAGUCAUGCACGACCGAGGGUGCGUAGGACUGAGCGUGCUCAUAUGGAUUCUAAUAUGAAAAUUAUGGAGAAGAUGGUUGAGAAAGUGGGAGAGAUGGCGUUCGCUAUACAAAAUGCGCAUCUCAAGCAUUGGAGUGAAAGAUUAUCUGAUAAAGUGUAUGCGCUUACACAAUUUCCACAGCAUGUGUUGGACCAUGCCUUUGAAACAUUAUAUGAAGAUGAGCGUCAAGCCAGGUUAUUUAUUGCCAGGCCUAUUCCCUCACAAGUAGCUUGGAUGAAUGCGCAUGUAUCCAAAUUUGGUUUACAUACUAGCGAUGAGAUUGUGACGGAUGAGGAUGGCAUGGGUGCUGAACAGAGAGAAGGAACAUAAGACCGGGUUGACUCUGUAAAUGUUGAUAAUGAUGAAGAUGACAUGGUAGAAUCAUGUGAAGUGUGAAUGGUACUAUGUAAGACUUCGUUUUAGAUAAAUGUAUUAUGACUGUGUUAUGGAUGUAUGUAGCAAGGAAACUUGUAGUCUGGAUGCAAGUACUAAGCAGUAGGACUGCAUUUUGUGGUGACUUCUAUACAUGCUUUAUAUUUAGUGUUCAUUUAAAGGUUGGUA